ACGAUGGGAAACAUUAAUCAACAAAGGAAACCUCCAUUAGAUUCUGUCAGAGAAGAUACAAUUCCGAUCAUUCAGGAAGAACCUGUAUGCGCCUCUAACAACAAUACGGUGACACCACAAAUGGGCUCCUCACUUAAACUCAAUGAAGAUAAUGAAGAAGUGUUUUAUAAAUUUGUAAUUCUUCAUGCUGAAACAGAUAUAAAUGAGGCCAUGAGACUGAAGGAUUUGUUGCAGGACACUUUCCAUGUCAAGCCAGGACUUAUAUUCGCAGAAAUGCCUGCAGGUCAGCAUAUACUGCAAACCCUGGACAAUGCAGUGAAUGGAUCAGCCUGGACUAUUCUAUUGCUCACUGAGAACUUCCUCAAAGAAACUUGGUGUGAGUUCCAGUCCCAUGCCACGUUAAUCAACUCCAUUAAUAUGCAUCAUAAAUAUAACACCAUGAUCCCUGUGAGACCGAAAGACAAUUACCUGCCAAGAGACAAGACACCCUUUCCAAUAAAUCUUUUUAACGCUUUGGAAGAAAAGAGUCCAGAGUUCAAUCUGUUAGUGGAAAGAACCUUCCAGGAGUCCAUAUAUCAGAAGCAUUAUGCAACUUGGAAGGCUGAGAAAGAGAGAAUGGAACAAAGAGAAAUAUAA